AUGCCAAAUGUAACAAAAGUACAACUAAACAAUAUUUUAAAAACACGAAUGAAAGAUGCCAAAAUUGAAAAUAUAAUCAAAAAUAAACAAAAUUUAAUCAUAAUACAGCCCUCAGACAUUGUAACAUUCAAUAAUUUAGUGAAAACUUUUCCUAAAGAUGCAUUUGCUGAAAAAGAUUCGGUAAAAGUGUAUGUACCAAAUAAUAUUAAAAAUAUAUUAGAUACUGAAAAAGUAGUAUUCAUUAAAUAUGUGGAUCUUGAUUUUUCAAUCCAAGAGAUUCAAGAGGCACUGACCUCUCACGGAUUUCAAUUGGAAAAUGUUGAAAGAGUUUAUUUGAAGAAAGAGAAUAAACCAACAAAAACAAUUAAAGUGGUAUUCGAUGAUAAAUUAAAUCGUGAUACCUGUCUGAAAACUGGACUAAAAAUUGAUUAUUUACAUUUUUCUGCUGAGGCAGCUCAACCAAACAAAGAACAUCUUCAAUGCUUCAAAUGUUUUAAAUAUGAACAUCCAUCGAAAUAUCGCCAGAAGCAGGAGGAGACAUGCAAAAAAUGUGUAGGACAACAUCUUGAAAAAGAUUGUACUAGUUCAAAGUUGAAGUGUGUCAACUGCGAUCAACAACAUGCAUCAAAUUCUAAACAAUGUCCUGAUUAUUUGAAAAAUAAAGAAAAAAUUCAAAAAACAAUAGAUGAAUAUACCACAGAAUUAAAUCGAACACAUGACAUGUGUGGUGAUGAUUUUUCUCAGUUGACUUCUACUCGAUGGUCAAAUAAACUGUUCUUCUGUGGAUCAUCAUCAUGCAGAGAAGAUGGAAAAAAUGUUUGA